CCUCUGCGAAUACACAUAUGCAUAUAUAAAAAUAUGCUCAGCGUGGGUCGGUGAACUCUGGCCACAAGUUCUCAAAGUUCCGAGCGGGAAGGACAGAUGCGAGCCAGUGAGUCAGACAGCUCAGAACCAGCAAACCAGUCGCUCCAAAACGAAGGCAGUGGGAAAAGCAGAGACUUGGUGGAAUAUCUUCUGAGGAAUAUUUUGGUUUCUGUCCCAUUGUCCCGCCCCUGUCGGAUCUCCAUGUUUGUACUCAGGAUUUGUGGUCCAAAUCCAUCACACUCUCCCGAUCCGUCUCCCCUUCAUCUGAAAGCGUGUGUGCUUAUCCCUGAAACUUUGCAACCCAACAAACUGAGACAGACGUUUGCAGAAUUCCACUUGGACUAAAAUCAAAGUAGUCAGCAAGAGCAGUUCUGGAAUGAAUUUAACCGAGACCAGCUUGUCUCGGGGGGCUCUGCUGCAUCCCGGCCAGGUGUCUCUCGUGAGUCCGACGUGGGCCUCAAGGACCCCAAGUCCUGCUUCUGAUCUUGAAAUGGGGUUUGAGCAGAACAUCUCCGGAGACUGCAGCUCUCCCAGUGACCACGGAGGCACCAGGAGAGCAGAGCCCAGGGGGCUCGCCACAGAAGGGGGCCUGAGUCCAGAUCUGGCGGGAGGCUCGGGCAAUGGCAAGGGUGUGGGGGGCGAGCAAAGGAUCCGUAGGCCCAUGAAUGCCUUCAUGGUAUGGGCAAAAGAUGAGAGGAAGCGACUCGCCUUGCAGAACCCAGACCUUCACAACGCUGUGCUCAGCAAGAUGCUCGGCCAGUCAUGGAAGGCAUUGAGUUCUACGGAAAAGCGUCCUUUUGUCGAGGAAGCAGAGCGUCUCCGCCUUCAGCACCUCCAGGAUCACCCAAACUACAAGUAUCGGCCUCGCCGCAAGAAGACCACAAAGAAACUCAAGCGCGUCGAACCGGGGCUCUUGCUUCACAGCUUGGCUCAGAGCCAUAGCAUGGGUCCGAGCAUUGUCCCUGGAGAAAGUGGCUCUGGAACCUCUCCGUACGGACAUGUGCCUCACCACCACCAUCACCACUCCCACCACCUGCUGCCCUCUCUGGGGCACUUCAGGGACCUCCAGGCACCGGGGCACCAAGAGCUGGAGAGCUACGGCCUGCCCACCCCGGAGAUGUCCCCUCUGGAUGUUCUGGAAAACGGUGCAACUGAAUCAGUCUUCUUCCCCCAGCAUGCACAGGAGGACGCAGGGAUGGGAGGCUGGAACAGCUACCACCAUCCUCACCACCAUAAUCCGCAUUACAGCCAUCACUAUGGCAACCACCACAACCCUAUGCAUGGUACGCCCGCACAGAGCCGGAGUCCAGGAAUGAAUGUGGGGGUGAGUGCAAGUCGGAAUCCCAGAAUGGCCUCGGUCGAAUCAAACAUGGCUUCGAGCAUGAGCCCGGUUCCUUCAAGCGGUUCUCGGAUGAACCCAGCGCAAACAUCAGGCCGCCAUAUCACCUUGAGGAGUCCCAUGAAAUGCCCACCACCUUCCCAUGACUCCUUGUCCUAUCCCCAGUCCUCAAUCAGCCUCCAUGAGACAGUUAAGCCGCACCAAGGCUCCCUUCCUCUCAGCUACUACGGCCAAAUGUAUGGCAGCGCAGCCUCCAAUUUCCCCCCGACUCACUUGGGCCAGCUUUCGCCUCCUCCUGAGCCCUCCCCCAAUUCCUGCUCAUCUUUCCUCCCUCCUGUGCAUAUAGCAGACCCAUCCAAUUCGGACUCAGCUGCUCAUCUGGGGCCGUCUUCUUCGGCUGAAUUCUGGUCAGAGGUGGACAGGCAUGAAUUGGACCAGUACGUAAAUACGGCAAGAAACCGAGAGGAGGCCUUUGGACAAGGCGGGGUUGGGUCCAAAGUUCUGGUCUGGCGCGGUAGCGGUGGCGUUAGCAGCGCUGACAGAGAUGGCGGUAGCGAAGAAGGAGUCAGCCCUCUUAUAUCUGCUCUUUCUGAUGCUAGCAGUGCCGUUUAUUACAGUGCAUGUAUCACUGGCUAACACUUAAAUGUGUGGAUGGACCUGAGUGUGGUUUGGAUUCAUUUGAUGGGACGUGUUACGCUUCGACGUUGGCUCAACUCUUUGUCUUGCUUACACCCACGUGAUCCCAAUUAAAACACAAAGGAACAUGGAGAAGAAAAAAAAUGUGCCGGUUAAAACCAAAUACUGGUAAAGAAGUCACUCAGCAGUAAAUACUUAAAAAUGGAAUGCAUUCCUUGGCUACAAUGUGCUAGCUGUGUUUCGAGUUAACAACAGAGUGGCCCAAUAUGUCACAACAUUAGCACUUGUGAGUCAAUCUCAUUUUUGAUCUCUUUGAAUAAGGGAUUACAACACCUAAACUUUGACAAUCUAAAAGAUGGACGCGUUUAUACAUUCAUAAUUCAGGUGCGGUGGUUUCAGCGGUGACAAUGUCACACUGGAGUGUACCACUAACUAACUGGAAGACUUCACCAUCAAACUGGAAGACACAUUUCAAGGUCAAAGUCAAAUACCUUGCGGUCUUGAUGAGGUUGAGAUGAAUUGAAGGUGCUGAUUUAAUGGCCGCAUGAAGGCCAAGCUCACGAGAAAAGCCGGCUCAUGGGAGAACUCGAUCCGACCUCCAUGCGCGUGUUUCCGGGAAAGCCUCGGCCACAAAGCCGGGGUGGAUCACUGAGGUCUCCCACAAGCUAUUCAGAUGUUUUACAAGAUGGCUUUAGGUUUGUUCCUGAGUGAGACUUGUGAUAUAUUUCUUAUUUCCUCACUUGGUGCCAACAUGUCUUUUGGCAAAUGUGACCCUUGUGCGGAUUAGGAAGUCUUUCCUUUUAAUCAGUAGACGUCUCAAACAUGUCUCUUGUUUAGCUGUAUGCAACAAAAAAAGAUGGAGCUUCAGGCCCCGAUGCGUAGAUCAUGGAAACGUUCAAAUUCCACGAUCACAAUCAGCUCUGGGAUUAGUUUUUUUCCUUUUUUUUUUUUUUUUGAGUACAAGCCAGAAUUGGCCACAAUGUGAAAGCAGUACAAUAAAAACAUGGAAGUACAGAUGAUACAAGGCCGGUGAUUAUUGCCAUGUUUUGUUCAUGGCCUGUAAACCACACUGUUAACAUUGGCACUCGUUUCUCAUGCUAAUCCAUAAUGUAAAAUCAGUAUGGCGCGCAUGCAAAAUUAUAUUCCAGCAUGAGCCACAUUUCUUUCGCUGUCUGGCUUCACAUCAUAUCAUACAAAGAGGAAAAUGUGACGUCUAAAUCUCUCCAUUUUUAAUGGUUGUUUUGCUAGCACAUGCGACAUUUGGAAUGCCCGAUUUGAUGUCGACGUUAAUGGUGCAUAAUACUUUAAAUCGAGUUGAUGCGCGAUUCUGUGAAGGGGAAAUUGAAGUAUGAAAUGUUCUCUUUGCACUGGGUUUAAUAUGUUUGCUGUAUAGAAUUUGAAAUCAAAACGUCCUUACUUUUAAAAGGGCUGUCUUCUUUUUUUUUUUAAGUUUUAUUUUAUAUAAAGAGUUGAGGAUUUAUUUGCUUUAUUUACCUUGGUCGAGCUACGUCUCUAAGCUGUGAUGAUUAAAAAAAAAAAAUUCUUAUCUCCACACAUGAUCAGUGCAUUUUAAUGGAAAGUACAGGAUAUUCUCAACAUUUCAUUUUCAAGAUGAAAAUGUGAAUAACUACACAUCCAAGGCAAACAACAUCAAAUGGGCUUCAUGUUGAAAAAUGAUUAAUUUAUUUAGUCAGAAGUCCAUUGCCUCAGUUUUGGUAUGGAUUUGUGAUGCUCGGGACAGCACCGCAAAUGCUAAUUUGCUGAAGUGUAUGAUCUACACAUUUAAAAUGAAUCAUUUUCCUGUCAAAAAUGUCGCUCCAAGGCGCAUUGACUCUCAACUGAUUUGUAGCAGAAUUCUCAUCAUUUAAUGCUAACUUUAUGCCAAGUUUAGCUAACAAGCAAUUUGAUCAAUAUGAACAUCUCCCGCUCUUCCUCGGAAGGCAUCUUUGUGUAACGUUUUUGCAUUAUGAAUGUGACUAAUUGAGAAUGACCCGGCGAAUCUAUUACAAGAUCAACUUCGAUCAAUCCAAGAAAAGGUUCUCCUUACAGCCAGAUUAGCCGUUUUACUGCAGAGUAUAACGGGAAUUUGUGGUUUUGUCUGUGCUGGGAAAAAUGACAAACCAACCCCCACCCCAGCCCGUUUUUUUUUUUUUAUGUAGAUGUUUAUACAACAUGUAGUUUUGUUGCGAGCGAGAUCUUGAAUGUGAUCUUUCCCUACAUCUGUUGUACAUUAAAGCCACACACAAUACAUUUUUCGUCAUGACACAGUAGAAUAAUAUCAAGUACGUCGUACAAUAUUUACCACACGGUUCCUUUGUGGCCGAAUUCAUCUUUCCAAGUGUGUCCUCGGAGGGUUGAAGUUCACUUGGAGAAGCAACAUUCUGAAAAAGUCCUUCUUGUUCUUCUUCGCCAGCAUUUUGUUCCCACUUUAAUUAGCUGUGACACACAAAGAACAUCAGAGGGGCAUUUCUUUGGAGUCAUGCAAUAACUCUGAGGCUUUUGGUUAUAAUUAUGUGCAGUGAGGUUGGGGUGGCGGGACAAAAAGGACACAUAACAUUUGAGGAUUGAUACAAAGGACAUUUUCUCAAGCGGCAUAAAUAAAUUCUGAGAAGGAUUUUUCCCACUCAUUCACAAUCUGUUUGGCAGGGACAUUUUGUAGACGUAGUUCUUUUGUUUGUCUAUUGUUUUCUUUUUGGAAUAUUUUGGGUGGUCUGUACAUGCUUCUGUACUAUUUUAUGAUGGAAUUUGACAAAAUAAACACGUAAUAAACACA